GCGCAGGCACCGGUGCCCGAGGACCCCGCGCGCCUGAGUGAGGCUCCGGUGACUGUCGUGACGGUGACCCCAGCCCCGGAGCCCGCUGAGAACUCCCAAGACCUGGGCUCCACGUCCAGCCUGGGCCCUGGCAUCUCCGGGCCUCGCGGGCAGGCCCCCGACACGCUGAGCUACUUGGACUCCGUGAGUCUCAUGUCUGGAACCUUGGAGUCCUUGGCGGACGAUGUGAGCUCCAUGGGCUCAGACUCGGAGAUAAACGGGCUGGCCCUGCGCAAGACGGACAAGUACGGCUUCCUGGGGGGCAGCCAGUACUCGGGCAGCCUAGAGAGCUCCAUUCCAGUGGAUGUGGCUCGGCAGCGGGAGCUCAAGUGGCUGGAGAUGUUCAAUAACUGGGAUAAGUGGCUGUCACGGCGUUUCCAGAAGGUGAAGCUGCGCUGCCGGAAGGGGAUCCCCUCGUCCCUCAGAGCCAAGGCCUGGCAGUACCUGUCUAAUAGCAAGGAACUUCUGGAGCAAAAUCCUGGCAGGUUUGAGGAGCUAGAACGGGCUCCUGGGGACCCCAAGUGGCUGGAUGUGAUUGAGAAGGACCUGCAUCGCCAGUUCCCUUUCCAUGAGAUGUUUGCUGCUCGAGGAGGGCAUGGGCAGCAGGACCUGUACCGCAUCCUGAAGGCCUACACCAUCUACCGGCCUGAUGAGGGCUACUGCCAGGCCCAGGCCCCCGUGGCUGCAGUGCUGCUCAUGCACAUGCCUGCCGAGCAAGCUUUUUGGUGCCUGGUACAGAUCUGUGACAAGUACCUUCCAGGUUACUACAGCGCAGGGCUGGAGGCCAUUCAGCUGGAUGGAGAAAUCUUCUUUGCACUCCUGCGCCGGGCAUCCCCACUGGCACAUCGGCACCUGCGGCGGCAGCGCAUCGAUCCUGUGCUCUACAUGACGGAGUGGUUCAUGUGCAUCUUUGCCCGCACCCUACCCUGGGCCUCAGUGCUGCGUGUCUGGGACAUGUUUUUCUGUGAAGGUGUUAAGAUCAUCUUCCGGGUGGCCCUGGUCUUGCUGCGACACACGCUGGGGUCGGUGGAGAAGCUGCGUUCCUGCCAGGGCAUGUAUGAGACCAUGGAGCAGCUGCGCAACCUGCCCCAGCAGUGCAUGCAGGAGGACUUCCUGGUGCAUGAGGUGACCAACCUACCAGUGACAGAAGCCCUGAUUGAACGGGAGAAUACGGCCCAGUUGAAGAAGUGGCGGGAAACGAGGGGCGAACUGCAGUAUCGGCCCUCUCGGCGACUGCACGGCUCCCGGGCCAUCCAUGAGGAGCGACGGCGGCAGCAGCCACCCCUGGGCCCCUCCUCCAGCCUCCUCAGCCUCCCUGGCCUUAAAAGCCGAAGCUCCCGGGCACCUGGAGGGGCCCCCUCACCGCCCCCUCCUGUCCGCAGAGCCAGUGUGGGCCCUGCUCCAGGGCCUGUGGUCACUGCCGAGGGACUGCGCCCAUUUCUGCCCUCACCUACUGGCAAUAGCACCCCUCUGGGUCCCAGCAAGGAGACCCGGCAGCAGGAGAAAGAGCGGCAGAAGCAGGAGAAAGAGAGGGAGAGGCAGGAGAAGGAGCGGCAGAAGUGGGAAAAAGAGAAAGAGAAAGAACAGCAGAAGCAGGAGAAGGAGCGGCAGAAGGAGCGGCAGAAGCAGGAGAAAGAGCGGGAGAGGCAGGAGAAGGAGCGGCAGAGGCAGGAGAAGAAGGGCCAAGGCCGGAAGCUCUCCUUGCAUCGAAAGGCAGAUGGGCCCCCAGCACCCCAUGAUGGUGGGGAUAGGUCCUCGGCAGCUGAGGCCCGGCAGGACGCUUACUUUUGA